AUGAGUCGUCGUAAGCGUGCUAAGGUCGAAAACCGCGAAUUAGAUGAAAAAUUGAAACAAGAUGAUUCGGAAUCAGAUCAGUCUGAAAAAAGUAAAAUUACGCCUUCUAGUCCUACUUCUGUCGCUGGACGCCGGGAAUCUUCAUCAAGCCGAACGACUGAUUCCAAAAAAGAUGAAAAGCCGAUUAUUAUUGAAGAAACUAAAAGUGAAGAUAUUGAGGAAGUUAAUUAUAAAGAAAUGCUUAAUAGUUUGGAAGGGGCAGCAUUUCAGUCUAGACUGCCAUUUGACAAAAUGUCAUCUCUUGAAGCGGAGUGUUUUUCUGAUUUACAAGGACCAUCGAGUCAUACAUUUGUACAAAUCAGAAAUCGCAUACUAAAACUAUGGUUUGAAGAUCCUAAGAGGCAGCUAACUCAAGAACAAUCAGUACAGAAAAUGGAACCUCCAUACAAUGGAGAUCCAGCACUAGUAUUAAGGACUCAUGCAUUUUUAGAGAGACAUGGCUUCAUAAACUAUGGAAUAUAUGAACGCCUUACACCUAUCCCUUCGCCACCUAAAGGAAAACAAAGGCCAAAAGUUAUUAUUAUAGGAGCAGGUGUUUCAGGAUUAGCUGCGGCUCGUCAGUUACAGUCAUUUGGAUGUGAAGUUGUUAUUCUGGAAGGAAGAGACAGAGUGGGUGGGCGUGUUGUCACCUAUAGAAAGGGGCCAUAUGUUGCUGAUUUAGGUGCUAUGGUAGUAACAGGAUUAGGUGGUAAUCCAGUAACAACAUUAUCUGUGCAAAUGAAUAUGGAAUUGCAUAAAAUUAAACAAAAGUGUCCAUUGUAUGAAGCAACGGGAAAUCAAGUGCCUAAACAUAAGGAUGAAAUGGUGGAACGUGAAUUUAACCGCUUGUUGGACGCCACGUCUUACUUGUCGCACCAAGUGGACUUCAACUACUACAAUGAUACACCAGUCUCUCUUGGGCAAGCUUUGGAAUGGGUUAUAAAACUGCAACAGAAGAAUGUUAAACAUAAACAGAUCCAACACCUGAAAGCAGUUAUUACUCUUCAAGAGAAACUCAAGAACAACAUAAACAAAAUGGCUGACAUAAAAGAGCUAUUAACAUCGAUGAAGAUAGAAAAGGAAGCACUACUAGUAGAGAAAGAGAAGGGUGCAUUGGGGGAUACGAGCAUUCUACAAGAGUUCAAUUUUCGAAGACUUAACCGUGAAAUGAAUCAGUUAUGCAACGAAUAUGAAGCAAUGCAAACACAGAAUACUACUAUAGAGGAUAAACUGACCCAGUUGGAAACCAAUCCACCGAGCUCAGUAUAUCUGUCUGUACGCGACAGACAAAUACUGGAUUGGCAUUUCGCUAACUUGGAAUUCGCAAAUGCCACGCCGUUGGGAAAUCUCUCACUGAAACAUUGGGACCAAGAUGACGACUUCGAGUUUACAGGAAACCAUUUGACAGUUAUAGUUAUUAGAAACAUGAGUACAUGGAUCGCGACGGUUGCCUGCGAAGGCGUCAGGGGCGUGGAUGAA